UCCCUCUUUGGAUAAUUGUAUUUGCACCCGCCAGCACCACUAGCACCAUUCCAUGGCGAUCCCAUUCCUCAAGUUCACACCUCUUCUUCCUCUCCAUCAUCCCCUCCGCCCUCUCCAUCCUUCUCCAUCUCUCUUCCCAUUUCCUCCAAAACCACACCUUCUUCUUCGCAAACCGAAUCAUGUCCAUCGUUUCAAAGCAAACACCAAAGACAACUCCUCCCUCACCUCCCUUCUCUCCGACCUCCAAGACGAUCCCAUCAAAGCUGAUGUUGAAGCUGCUGAAGAGGUCAAAACCAGAUUCUCCCCUCCCUCUCUCCAAGAUAAUCUCCCUUCCCGAUGGCUGGAGAUCCACGGCAGCGAAAACUGGUCCGGCCUUCUCGACCCCAUCGACCCUCUUCUCCGAUCUGAGCUCAUACGCUACGGCAACUUCACCCAAGCCACCUAUGACGCCUUCGACUCCGACCCCUUCUCCCGCUACUGCGGCACCUCGAAGUACCCUCGCCGCAGGUUCUUGUCCAGCCUCGGCAUGGACUCCUGCGGCUACGAAGUCACCCGCUUUCUCUACGCCACCUCCAACAUCAAACUCCCAAAUUUCUUCAUCCGAUCUCACCAGGAUAAAACUUGGAGCGAGAAGGGCAACUGGAUCGGCUACGUCGCUGUCUCCUCCGAUGCCACCACCGCCCUUCUUGGCCGCCGUGACAUCAUUGUCGCCUGGCGCGGCACCAUCACUAAGCUCGAAUGGAUAGCGGAUCUCAUGGAUUUCUUACGCCCUGUCUCAUCAGUGGGUAUCCCUUGCCCAGACCCUGACGUCAAGGUUGAAUCAGGGUUCGUAGAUUUGUACACGGACAAGGAUACUUCCUGCCCCUUCUGCAAGUACUCUGCUCGUGAGCAGGUGCUCGCUGAGGUGACGAAGCUCAUAGACCACUACGCUGUUAACAAUGGAGAAGAAGUGAGCAUCUCAGUGACCGGGCAUAGUCUCGGCAGCGCACUGGCCAUGCUCAGCGCCUACGAUCUGGUCGAGAGCAAGGUGAACAGAGGGAAGACGGUGUGCGUGUUCUCAUUCGCGGGACCAAGGGUUGGGAACAGGAAGUUCAAGAAGAGGUUUGAUGGGUUGGGGCUGAAGGCGUUGAGAGUGGUGAAUAUUCAUGAUAAGGUUCCGAAAGUGCCGGGGUUUUUUAUCAACGAGGCUGUGCCCAAGUUUGUGCAGAAGUUGGCCGAUGGCCUGCCGUGGAGUUAUACACAUGUUGGGGUGGAGCUGGAGUUGGAUCACAAUAACUCGCCGUUUCUCAAAGAAACUUUGGACAUAAGUUGCUACCACAACCUCGAGGCUCAUCUCCACCUUCUUGACGGGUACCAUGGAAAGGGACACAAAUUUGAGCUAGCAACUGGAAGAGAUCCAGCUCUAGUUAACAAAUCUGCAGAUUUCCUGGAGAAUCGUUUAAUGAUUCCACCAUAUUGGAGGCAAGAUUUGAACAAGGGGAUGGUUAAAACAGAAGACGACAGGUGGGCGCAACCAGAGAGGCUCAAGAUUGAUGAGCAUCCUCCUGACACACACCAUCAUCUCACAAAACUUGGUUUCAAUUUGGAUAAAUAGCUUCAUGUUUGUAUUUUGAUAACAUUUGCAUGCUUUGGAGCUCGAGUCUUGGUUUGAUCUCUUUCAUGCAUUUUUUAGAAAGAAAGAUAAUGGCAUUUGCAUGUGAACCAUGUUGCAUAAUAAAGAAGAACAUCUUUGUGGCGUAUUAUAAAUUUAACAUGCAGUGAAAUAUA